AAGUUUGUUUGCUAACCGAUCAGGUAAAAUACUUUGCUGGAACUCCCGAAAUGAACAACGACUCAUUCCCUCUUUCCCUCCUCUUUUUUUCUCUUUCUCAGAAUGUCCGAAAUCAGAAGGAAACUUGUCAUCGUCGGUGAUGGUGCUUGCGGCAAGACCUGUCUUUUGAUUGUCUUUUCCAAGGGCACUUUCCCUGAAUUCUACGUUCCCACCGUCUUUGAAAACUAUGUCGCCGACGUCGAAGUGGAUGGCAAACAUGUAGAGCUGGCCUUGUGGGAUACUGCUGGCCAGGAGGAUUAUGAUCGUCUUCGACCCUUGUCAUAUCCUGACUCGCAUGUCAUUUUGAUUUGCUUUGCUGUCGACUCUCCCGACUCGUUGGAGAACGUUCAGGAAAAGUGGAUCUCUGAGGUGCUUCAUUUCUGCCAAGGCUUGCCUAUCCUGCUUGUCGGCUGUAAGAAGGAUCUGCGAAACGACCCAACAACGAUCGACGAGCUCAGAAAGAACUCGCAGAGACCCGUUUCAUUCGAAGAGGGCGCUGGGGUUGCGCAGCGAAUCAAUGCCUACAAGUACCUCGAGUGCUCGGCCAAGACAGGCGACGGUGUUCGUGAGGUCUUUGAGCAUGCCACGCGGGCUGCUUUGAUGGUCAACAAAAAGAAGAAGGGCAAGAUCUGCACUGUUUUGUAGACAGUUUAUAUGCGCUGUAUCAACUCUCUCUCUCUCUCUCUCUCUCUCUCUCUCUUUCGUAUCUCUCGCAACACACAGACACACACAGACACACACUCACUCACUCACAUAGUCUCUUUCUCUAAACACAC